CCCUGUGCGCCGUUUGCUAUCGAGUUGGUGUUCUUACCAAUACCCCGCCCUCGGUUCCUUUUUUUGGGGUCUUGCGUGUCAUGUACUUCAACCUCAUCAGGUCCACAGAUGGAUAUUUCUCUGUUAUGUAGCCGCGAAUGGCCUGCGAUGAGACCAUUCGAGAGUCCAACUCCUUCAGCGCUUCUUUAACCAUCACCAUCGUAGGUGGAUGAAGAGAAGUUUUCCGUGCCACAGCAGUCACUGCCACCAUCUUCUGUGAAGUCAGACUAACAGUAUGUAUGUAGCUGUCUAAAUAAUGACCUUGUUCAUCCCUGAUAUGGCUGGUCGUCUGUUUUUGCUCAUCCUCCUUUUCGAUACCUUCCAGUACAUCAAAGCCAAAGAUCUUCCUCGGCCCAGUCUAACAGUGAUUCCUGCAGUCAUCAAAGAGAGAGACUCAGUUCAGCUGAACUGUCAGACUCCUUCAUCUGUCUCUGAGUGUUACUUCAAAAUGGAAGGGCAAGUGGAAUUCACCCUACCAUCACCCUGUCAACAGACUCUCACAGGAACACUACUGGUGAGGUGGACAGGUCAGAGUUCACCAGCUGAGGUCAAAAUACAAUGUCAGUACAGUGCUACAGGUUCACAGUUUAGAUCCAUGUUCAGUGAGCCUUCAACAGUCACAAUUCAGGACCUUCCUCAGCUGACAGUGAGUUCUACAGUCAUCAGAGAGACAGAAUCAGUUCAGCUGAGUUGUGAGACUCCUCCAUCUCUCCCUGUGUCUCACUGUUACUUCUACAUAGAGGGGAGGAAGAAUCUUCCAGACUCAUUGUGUACGCAGACAAUAACAGGAACUCAGCUGCUGAAGAGGGCAGAUCAAACAUUUCCAGUUGUGGUCAAAGUGAAGUGUUACUAUGCUGUAUGGAAGUCUCACACAUCUCCGUUUAGUAACUCUGUCUCAGUCACUGUUCAGGACCCACCUCCUCCCAGGCUGACAGUCAGUUCUACAGUCAUCAGUGAGAGAGACUCAGUUCAGCUGAGCUGUGACUCUCCUCCAUCUGUCUCUGUGUCUCAGUGUUACUUCUACACAGAGGGGAGAGAUCCUAAACCCUCACCCUGUACGAAGUCACUCACGGGGACUGAGCUGCUCUCGUCGGCAGGUCAAAGUUCAUCUGCUGAGAUCAAACUGAGAUGUUUUUACACAGUAGAAACUCACUUUCCAUCGAUGCACAGUGGUUCUGUCUCUCUAUCUAUUCUUGAUCCAAAACCAGACAUUACAGUCCAUUUUGAUGGGUACUUCACCAUCAUCUGUUUGAUUCCUGGAUCCGUCAGUCCUGACACCACCUGUAACCUGUAUGUUGGAGAGGAGAGUCAGCCAUCCUUCACAGAAAAGAUCUGGAAAGAAAAAAGCAAAGCUUCCAAACAGUGGUUCUGUAGAUUCACUGUAACUGAGAGGGAUGUUAUCAGAACUCUACAGUAUGUGAGACGUAUGGAGGUGAGCUGUGACUACAGAGUGAGCUCAGGACCAAACUCUCUCUCUCCACGCAGUGAUGGGUACAGCUUUACAGUGGGUUUGACUCCAGGUCCUAGAUCUACUUUGCCUCCCAGCAAGACAGUGAGUCCUACAGAAGUUUCAACUGUUACUUCUACCUUUACCCCAGACACCACAGUGACACAAACUACCAGGUCGACUGUUUGCUGUACUUUUACCACUGACACCCCAGCGAGUCCAACUGAAAGAGGUCAAAGCUCCACAGAAAGUGAUGUGGAAUCAAACAGUCAAGAAAGCAUUCUGGUGGGGCAAUUAUGGCAGGCAGCAGUGGCUUCUGGAGUGGGCGUGUUCCUGGUAGGAUUGACAGCUGUCAGUCUCUGCAGGAGGACCAGUGAGUACAUUUGA